AUCCCCAUGUGCCAAUCACUAGCCGUCGGACUGUUCCCCGGAACGGUCGCAUCUUGGGCCUGUGUGUCGGAGGAGACUCGCUUUUGAUGGUGUUAGACAUCCCGCGCGCUUCCGGUGGCAGAUGGAAUCAAUCAGCCUUUGAUCGGUCGCUGUCUUGUGUGGAAAUUCGAUCGUAAGACAGCCGCAGUACAGUGCCUCUGCCUAUAGACAAAGAGUGUGUGUGAAGUGUACGGAAGAGGGCAGUCAGUGUCGACAGGAGACAUUCAUCUCGAGAGGGUGAUUGAAGUGGCAGAACUUCGGUUUGGGGUGUUGUGUGCGUGUGUGUUCUGUGUUCUUGUGUCCGAGAGCCCUUGGUUCAGAGUGCCACAAGGAGGAAUAAACACAUCAUUCUUCGUUCGCUUAAAGUGACUCAGGAGCACAGCGAUCGAACGAACGUUUCACAGGAUCCGGAGUUUUGUGCGUUUGGUGAUUUCUUUAAAUUAGUGUUCCACUUUCCACAGCGCCCAGAGCUGCUGCUGUUCUACUACUACGUCUUUGUAUUACGCAACGGAAGAAGUGUUGAUAGCAGCGAGAGGAGUGCCUGCCAGCCAGUGUGGGGUCAAAUGUUACCAAAUGUGGUUUAAGUGCAAAAUUAUAGAGUGAAAAUUGUACAUGUCGGGAUAAAGAAACCCAACAUAUAGUGAAAACAUAAUAAUUUAAAACAAACUCAACAACGAAGUGACGUCGUCCAAUGGAGCGCCCAACGUGCUGGGCGCUUAUAUUGUUUGCGCUUUGCGCAACAGCAGCACAAACGGCAGUUUUAAAUUCUAAUCCUUCAGAGGACAUUUCAAACUCGAUAGACCUAACCGACAGCCCGCUGUCCAGAGUGAAACGGAAUGGCAAUAUCCGUGGAAAUUUCCGAGGUCAAACCCAGUCGCAGUAUCUCCACUUUGGCAACAGUCAAGAUGGCAAAGCUGAAGCCGAAGCCACACAGCACAGCUCCAGGGCGGUAGUAGUCGGUUCCAACGGUAUGGGACAGGCACAGAGCCAAUCGCUUGGCGGUGACUGCACUUCAUGCUACGGAGCGGUUGAUGGCGGUGGCAGCUACGUUUAUGACAGCAGACCCGAUCCGCUCAAGGUGCCAGUGGAUAAGCUACGCCUACCGGAUGCGUACGAUGCUGGUUCUAACGGGCACUCGAUGAGACCUGGCGGUGGACUCGAUGCUUAUGGCCGCCCAGGUGGUGGAACCAGCUUGGAUGCUUACGGGCGCCCCGUGGACGCACACGGAAGACCUAUCGGCGGACCUGGCACGGGGGGAUCAGGUGUUGGAAGUCAUGGCCGACAUCCACAUGGAGGAGCAGGGUUUGAUGUAGAUGGAUAUGGAAGACCAGCGGGAGGACCAGGAACAGGAGGAUCGGGCGUUGAUGCACAUGGACGACCGAUUGGUGGGCCUGGAACAGGUGUUGACGCUCACGGAAGGCCUAUCGGUGGUCCUGUAACUGGUGGAACUGGUGUAGAUGCCCAUGGGCGACCCAUUGGAGGACCAGGAACGGGUGUUGAUGCUCAUGGAAGACCGAUUGGAGGACCAGGAACUGGCGGAUCCGGUGUUGAUGCUCAUGGUAGGCCUAUCGGUGGACCGGGGGCAGGUGUUGAUGCGCACGGAAGACCCAUUGGAGGUCCAGGAACUGGAGGAUCUGGAGUUGAUGCGCACGGAAGACCCAUUGGAGGUCCAGGAACUAGAGGACCGGGUGUUGAUGCGCAUGGAAGGCCUAUUGCAGGGCCCGGUACUGGUGGAUCCGGUGUUGACGCUUACGGAAGGCCCAUUGGAGGACCCGGUGCUGGAGGACCAGGUGUUGACGCCCAUGGACGGCCUGCUGCAGGUCCUGGAUCAGGUGGAUCCGGUGUUGACGCUCAUGGCAGGCCCAUUGGAGGACCAGGUGCUGGAGGACCAGGUGUUGAUGCACAUGGCAGACCCAUCGGAGGACCAGGAACUGGUGGACCAGGUGUUGAUGCACAUGGAAGACCUGUUGGAGGUCCUGGCACCAGUGGACCAGGUGUGGACUCUCAUGGACGACCCGUUGGAGGUCCUGGCACUGGUGGAUCAGGAGUGGAUGCAUAUGGAAGACCAAUUGGUGGAGCCGGCACUGGGGGCCCAGGCGUUGAUGCGCACGGUAGGCCAAUCGAUGGCUCUGGCUCUGGAGGAGUAGGAACUAAUGGACGAGUUUCCGGAAGACCAGGCACUGGAGGUGUAGGAGGACCGGACACUUCAGGAAGACCAGGUUCUGGAGGACCGGGUGUCGAUGGUCAUGGCAGACCAGUAGGAGGCUCGGGAGGACCAGGCACAAACGGAGUUGGAAGACCAACUGGCGAUGUCGGCACAGGAGCUGGGGGAGUAGAUGCUUAUGGCAGACCGAUUGGACGCCCGGGAGUUGAUGCACAAGGACGACCAAUUGGUGGAUUUGAUGCACAUGGCAGACCUCUCGGUCCAGGUCAAGGUCGGCCUGGUCAAGGUGGAGCACCUGGCACAGGACUUGACGCUAGUGGAAGACCAGUCGGUGGUGGUCAUGGUCCCCAUCCGCAUCUAGUUGGACCGCCUCUACCGGGCUCUGGAGCACAUGGUGGCUAUCAUUCCGCUCCACACACUGUCACUUUGCCAGGGCAGGAUCACACCGUUGUCAACCCUACUGGCGGUUUAACCGUGCUAGUUGGCACGGGUCAUUCAAAGCAAACUGUGAUUGGUUCCGAUAGUAGAUUAGAUGGCCACGGUCCAGUGAAAAUCAUUCCUGGCCCUCCAGAUAGCCACGGACCCCCGAAACAAACAGUGUACGCACAUCCUGGUGGUGUAACGGUGCUGGUAGGAACGGGUGGCGCUCAACAAACCGUGCAUCAUCUUCCUGUGCAUGGAGGACAUCCUGGAGCAGGCCCGCAACAAGUUAUUCACCCCGGCGGCGUUGGCUAUCCAGGACAAGCUGGUGCAGGACAUGCUACUGGACAGUAUCCUGGUGGAACGGGAUAUUACCCAGGGACCAGCGGGGUCGGCGGUCAAUAUCCAGCUGGUACCGGAGGUGUGGGAACAGGAUCAGGACCAUUACCCGGAACAGGAACUGGAAUACGGCAUCCAGGAGGUACAGCAGGAGGACUUCAGCCAGGAAUCGUUGGAGGACCAGGAAGUGGGCAAUAUCCCGGAACAGUUGCAGGAACAGGCCAAUAUCCUGGUGGUGCUCAAUAUCCUGGAGAACCAGGAUCUACUGGAACUGGAGUAGGUGCAGGACAAUACCCAGGAGGAGUAACAGGAGGCACUGGGCAACAACCUGGCGGUGCUGGGCAAUACCCAGGAGGAGUAACAGGAGGCACUGGGCAACAGCCUGGCGGUGCUGGGCAAUACCCAGGAGGUGUUGGAACGGGUCAAUAUCCUGCGGGAGCUGGAGUAGGAUCUGGCCAAUAUCCAUCAGGAGGUGGCACUGGAACCGGCCAAUAUCCUGGUGGUGCAGGGCAAUAUCCCGGUGGUUCUGGAGCUGGUCAACAACCAGCAGGUGUAGGAGGUGGACAGUAUCCAGGAAGCACUGGAACAGGCCAGUAUCCAUCAGCAACUGGUACAGGAACCGGAGGUGUCUAUCCCGGAGGACAAGGGGUUGGUACGGGAGGAACCGGCACAGGUGCUGGUCAAUAUCCGGGAGGCUCUGGGGUUGGCGCAAGUCAAUAUCCAAGUGGAACAGGAGUAGGAGCAGGUCAAUAUCCAGGAGGAACCGGACAGUAUCCUACUGGAAUGGGAACCGGAACUGGUCAAUACCCAGGAGGUGCGGGCAGUGGAACUGGACAGUAUCCAGGUGGGACCGGAGUAGGAACAGGACAGUAUCCAGGUGGGACCGGAGUAGGAACAGGACAGUAUCCUGGAGGCACUGGAACAGGAGCCGGUCAAUAUCCUGGUGGCACCGGAACAGGAACCAGUCAGUAUCCGGGUGGAAGUGGACUUGGAACUGGUCAGUAUCCUGGUGGAACAGGUACAGGAACUGGUCAGUAUCCAGGUGGAGCUGGUCAAUAUCCUGGAGGCACUGGAGCAGCAACAGGUCAGUAUCCUGGAGGAGCUGGACAGUAUCCUGCUGGCACAGGAGCAGGAACUGGACAAUACCUUGGAGGCUCUGGGGUAGGCUCAGGACAGUAUCCUGGAGGCACUGGAGUAGCAACAGGUCAAUACCCUGGUGGAACUGGACAAUAUCCUGGAGGUAUUGGGGCAGGAACAGGUCAAUAUCCUGGCGGUGGUGGACAAUAUCCUGGCGGAACUGGAAUAGGAGCUGGUCAAUUCCCUGGUGGAACUGGACAGUAUCCCGGUGGAACUGGUGUAGGAGAUGGUCAAUAUCCUGGUGGAACAGGUGCAGGAACGGGUCAAUAUCCUGGAGGAGUUGGAACCGGCACCUAUCCGGGUGGCCAAUAUCCAGUUGGUGUCGGUUCUGGACAGUAUCCAGGAGGAGUCGGCACAGGUACUGGCGCAGUCACCGGCGGUCUAUAUCCGGGAGGAGUUGGAACGGGAUCUGGUGCAGGCACAGGUGGAACUGGUUACUAUCCCGCGGGAACAGGCACCGGUGGAUCUUCUGUCGAUCAAUAUCCAGCAACCAUCGACCAGGGAGCCGGUGGUGGCGGACUUCCCCCGCAAUCCAUUCAACUACCCGAGGAAGAAGAUGACUCAUUCUCGCAGGCGGAAUCGUCGGUAAAGAACGGAGAAGUGAUGGCUUCGGCACAGGGCCGCAAAAACGGAGGCACUGCACAAACACAGGUAUCCGGUACGUACACCGGCACGGGUUCGUUCAGCGCCAGUGCACAAACAAGCGACAAGGACCGUGCAGCACAGGCCCAAGUCUCGGGUGGCAAGGAAGGUGCCCAAAGCUCUGCCCAGGGUACGGGCGGCGUUGGCAAAUCCCAAUCGUUGGUGCAGGUUGAUUCGAAGACGGGUGGCACAUCGGCGACGUCCCAGAGUGGAGGCUUGGGGCACGAAAGUCAGUCGGAGGUGGUGGCCAACGAGAAGGGUGGUUUGGCCGAUGCACAGUCGAGCGGGCCGGGACAAACUUCGUCCCAGGCGCAGAUAGGAUUCCGACCGCAGGGUGAAGGCGUCGUUGAUCAGCAAAACAUCUUCAACGGAGGCGGGCAAGCGUCUGCCCAGUCGGGUGCUCACUCGGGCCAGAGCCAGUCGCAAAUUAGUGGCAACUUCAAGUUCGGCAUUGCAUAUCACGGGGCGGCCCAGGCAGCUUCUGGCACGAAGGAACAGGUGAACACGUAUCGAGAGAAGAGCAAACCGCUGUUCCAAUCGAUUGGACUGUUUGGAAAAUCUAUCGGUUCCACGGUCAGAAAGGAGUCGGUAGACACCAACGGAAUGAGGACUCGUACGUCGGAGCAAAGUUUGGUGAACUUCAUCAGCACGACGCCUCCUCCCGGCGAAGAGGAAGAGUACGAAGAUGUGGAUGAGGAGGAGGAAGACUACGACGAGGAGUACGAUACCACGCAGAAGAUAACGCGCAGUGGCGAUAAGGCGACAACCGAACCCAAAUCUCCUGCGAGAACCACUCCCGUAGCGUAUAUGGUCACCGAACCAUCCACCGUAACCGUGCGCACCAAUGGCAAUGGACGUGUGUUCACGCAAGGAGGCCCAACACAGAAGCAAACCGCAUUCGUGCCGCACGGUGACAACUUCCGGCUGGUGCAAACACAGAACGGUCGCUCGACGGUACACGCCGUGACGACGGAACGUACGCAACAAACGGUAGUGAAUGCCGUGAGUACGACUCCCAGGUACAGUACGCGCCAGCUGUCCACGAAAAAGGAUACUCCAGUGACGACUACCACGGCCGCCGAUGCAGUGGAGGAAGGACCGGAACCCGGUACACCAACACAAAAGACCGGCCAUCCGGAUAGCUACAUCUCGGUCACGAAGCAGGUCACCGGGAUUGACGAGAAGAGCAAGGUACCGGCCAUCCCGGGCAAGAACUACGAGUCGACGUACUACACUAAAUCGUCCACCUGCGGGUACUUCACCUUCUCGUGCAACAUCGUGUACGGCGAGAAUGGACGAAGUAAAAUCUGUCGACCGAAACCACCGGCCAAUGGCAAAUGUUGAGGGUAGUUCAAUGCUUCGUUCGUAUAUGAAACACUGCCAGUAAGAGGAAGAUAUUUUAACAAUAAAAACGCGGUACUAUAAGCAUAUUACAGCCAGGACCAAGCGCUAGUAAGCUAUAAUUACUUACAGAACACACCACACACACAAAUGUAUGGGUGGCUGAGUGCCGAGACACACGUUUGCACUACUU